AUGAAUGUGUCUACACCAGCUGGUGCUUCAGUAAGAACUAGUCGGGCUUGCUUGAAAGUAGAGUUGAAAUUUGGUGAAAUAGUUACAAGUGUUGACUUAAUUUGUUUACUCAUGUUAGGAAUUGACAUGAUAAUUGGCAUGGAUUGGUUGUCUGUCAAUGGAACGACGUUAAGCUAUAAUAGAAAGAUGGUUUCAUUACUAGUGUACACAGUGACUACAACAAAUGAUACGAUUGCACCGCCUGUACCUGUGACUACUCUGGAGACUCCUAAGUUCCUAUCAACAAUACAAGUAGAGAAAUUAGUGAGAGAAGGAUGUCAAGCCUUCUUGGUGUACUGCUUAAUACACAGAGUGUAUGAUGGUACAUUAGACAAGAUUGGAGUUGUCCAUGAGUUUCCUGAGGUGUUUACAGAUGAAGUGUCAGGAUUGCCACUAGAGAGAGAUUGA